AUGAUUACACUUUUAGAUAAAAAUAAAAAACCAAUAAUUCUUAUGGAUUUACAAAAGAAUUCUAUUUCACGUGAUAAAUUAAAAGAAACAACAGAUGAAAAUAAUCGUCAUGAUAUUUAUUGUUUUGAAUGUCAUCAUGUAGGAGAUGUUAUUAGCUGUGACUCAUGUCCACGUGUAUAUCAUUCAGCAUGUCUUGGUUUAGCUGUUUUACCUGAGAAGAAAGAUUGGAUAUGUCCUGAAUGUGAAGUUACUCAAUCAUCGUUUUAUAUCAUAAAUCAAUCAACACCACGACAACAUCAUUCAAUAAAUGAAUUUCAUAGGAUGCUGAGAUAUGCUCUUGGUCGAUUGCAAUCACAUCCUCAAGCUAAACAUUUUAUGCGAUUAAUCGAUUGCAAACAAAUCCCGGAGUAUCUUGAUUAUAUCAUUCAUCCGAUGGAUUUAGAAACGAUAGAAAAAAAUAUCAAUCUAAAAAAAUAUCGUUCAACUGAGGAAUUUAUCAAUGAUAUUAAAUGGAUUGUACAUAAUAGUAUUAUUUAUAAUGGAAAUCAAAGUAAAUUAACUAAUAUUGCACGUACAUUUCUUAGAAUUGCUCGUCAUGAAAUGAAAGAAAUUGAACUUUGUUCUGAAUGUUAUUUACGUAGUACACAAUCUAUAUCAACAGAUUGGUUUACCAGACCAUGUUCUAUUCCACAUACAUUAUGUUGGGCGAAAAUGAAAAGUUAUCAACCAUGGCCAGCGAAAGUUUUACGUAUUGUUAAUGAUGAAGUUGAUGUUCGUUUUUUUGGCCAACAUGAUCGAGCAUGGAUACCACUUCAUAAUUGUUUUGUUCUAUCAAAAGAAUAUCCAGGUUCUGAAAAGAAAAAAUCCAAUACUAAUUUUGAAAAAAGUUUUACUGAGUUACAAAUUCAUAUUGAUCAAUUAAAAAAACUUUAUGGGUAUUUUACAUAUGCACCUCCACAAACAUUAUUAAGUAAAACAAAGCCAUUCAAAUUUGUUUCAAUUAUCGAUGAUUCUAUUUUACCUUCUUAUAUAACAGUUACAAAUAGCAAUCAUACAUUUCAUUCAUCUAUUAAACAUGCAAAACAACAGCGUUUUUAUACUCGAAAUUCAUCAUCUGCAUCAAAUAAAAAAAAAUCCAUUAAACGUUCUAAUGAAAAUUCAUAUGAACAUCAGCAAAAUGUUAAACGUCUACGAACUUCAUUUAAACCUAUAGAUGAAAAUCAUUUUUCAAAAGAAGAUAAUGAAUUACAAUCAACAUUAAAUGUAUUUGAUAUAUUGAAUCAGACAAAAAAUGAUAAUGAAAUAUCAUCAAUUCCAUUUAAAUUUCGAUCUAUUUCUCCUACAGAUAAUAAAUUACGAAUUCAAGCAUUAUUACGAAAAUAUAUUAAUUGUAAAACACCAAUAAACAAUGUUAUUACAUUUGAUGUCAGAUCAUCAAUGGAUGCCUUACUCAAUUCUGUUGAAGCAUUCGAAUCCAUAUCAGAAGUUCAUACAAAUGUGAAUAUAUUACCUAUAAAACCUCAGAAGUCAGAACAACUUCAUUUACCUGAAGAACAUAUAAGAACAAAAAAAUCUCGAAAAUCUAAUUCACAACAUCAUAUUAUUCCUAAAAAUAUGAACUCAGAUUUUAUCACAUGUUCAUCAUUGGAUGAAUCUUUUUCUUCAUUAUUACCAUUCAUACCAUUAAGACCAUUAUCAGUUAGUCCAUCAAAUGUGAAUAGUUUUAAAAGUAUUCCAUCUGAAAUACGUGAUAGUAUUACAACACAACAAAAGCAAUCAUUAACAAGAACAACAUCAGUUGAAACACCUACUAUGAAGUCAGAACCAAUCGAACAAGACGAACAUAAUCAAAUAACACAAUCAUCUAUCUCAACAGACUCUUUUUUCAUCUCAUCACCAUUAAAUACAAAUAUUUCGCUUCCAACUAUUAUUCCUGAUUCUGGUUGUGCAUCUCAAAUAGCAACAACAAUAUCACCAAAGAAUAUUUACUCAUCAGCAUUAUCCGUUAUUCCUUCGACACAGCUAUCAAAAAAUAUAACACAUAGACGAUUACAAUCAUUAAUACAUUCUCCAACAUCGUCGAAUUCAUUUCCGAUGAAUUCAUCAUUACAAAUACAAUCAAUUAGUACAAGACAUUCUCAUCGUGCUUCAAAUACUCUCCCGAUAGCAAGUCAAGAUUCUAUACAAACACCACAACAUACGAAUCAAGUUCUGCUAGAUGAUCAUUCAACACGGGAUGAAAUUCAAAUGAUAAUAAAUAGUUUCAAUGAUCAAUUUCAACAAUUACUCGUUGAUUUAACCAGUAAAAUCGAAUCAUCUCUUCAAGCAACACGCAUGAGAUAUGAAAAAAAUCUUGAAGAAACUCGUCGUUCGUAUCGUAUAUCAUUAAAUGAAUUACAUACAGUCACAACUGAACAAAUUCAAGAGAUUCAUAAUAGUUUAGAAUUACAAUAUUGGAAAAGACUUUCUGAAAUGCGUAAUCGAUAUGAAUCAAAACUUCGAUAUGAAUAA